AUGGCCGACUACGAUCAGGAGAACGGUCGUUACGACGACGAGCCUCGCUACCCCCGCGACCGCAGUGCUUCUCCUCGUGAUGAGCCCCGUGCCGACCGCGCCCGCAGCCGUUCCCCCAAUGCCCGUAUGGAGGACCGGUAUGUCCCCACGGAUGAUCGUCCGCCAAAUGCCCGGCCCCUCAUUGAUCCGCGCAAGCAGUUGGACGACGACGAGGAAGGCGCCACCAAUACUGGAUCCAACCUCUUCGUCACUGGCAUCAACCCGCGCCUGACCGAGUCCGACAUCAUGCGUCUGUUCGAGAAGUACGGCGAUGUCGAGAACUGCUCCAUCAUGGUGGACCCGCACACAAAGGAGUCUCGUGGCUUCGGCUUCGUCAAGAUGGUGACUUCCGAUCAGGCCGAUGCUGCCAAGGAAGGACUGCAGGGCGAGGUCAUCGAAGGCCGAACUCUGAGCAUCGAGAAGGCUCGCCGUAGCCGUCCCCGUACUCCGACUCCUGGAAAGUACUUCGGUCCUCCCAAGCGCGAGUUCCGUGGUCCUCCUGGUGGCGGUCGCCGCGGUGAUCGCUACGACGAUCGCCGUGGCCCGUCCCAUGGCAACUGGCGCCGUGGCGGCGACGACUACCGAUAUGGUCGCUACGACUCGUACAGUGACCGCCGUGGCUACGGAGGCGGCGGCGGCGGCGGCGGCGGCCGUGACUACCGCGAUUACGAUCGCCGGGGUGAUGACUAUAGCGGUGGAUAUCGUGGCGGUGUCGACCGGUACGCAUCCAGUCGUGAAGACCGCUACAGCCGUGAAGACCGGUACAGCCGCGAUGAUCGCCGCGAUGAUCGUUUUGAACGUCGAGGCUAUUAUGACCGUGAUGCUAACCCUCCCAGCUACGGUGGUGGUGGUGGUAGUAGCGGCGGUGGUGCUCCCCCGAGCCGUGAGCCCUACCCUCCUCGCUCUUUCGAGCCCCGUGAAGACCGAUACAGAUAA